UGCCAGACAUUUGGAUGUAGUAUCUGCAUUCAGGGCCACUAUGUUCAGACACAGCUGCAGUCGUUUGAGGUUGGCUUUCUUCCUCAGUUGUCCACCUUGGUUGUCCGCCUUCUUCUUAUUCACUGCAAGUCUCUUGAGCACAGAAUUGAAAUCCACACGUGGGGUGCAGGUGACGUCCACCGGCACACAGACCAUCCAAAAGGCAGAAGGAGAGAGUGUGACUCUGGGCUGCAGUUACACACUGAGCCCUUUGGACACUGGAGAACUUGACAUUGAAUGGUCUUUGGUCAGUCAAGACACCACGCAGAAAGAUCAGAUGCUCCUAUCCUAUACCAGCGGCACUAAAUACAUCCAUGGUGACCACGCUCCUACACAAGGACUCAGCUUUGCUGCUCAGGACCCCUCAAUGGGUGACGCUUCACUCUCAAUUGCUCAGCUGUCACCUGCUCAUAGUGCAACGUACCAGUGUAAAGUGAAGAAAUCACCUGGAGUGGACAUGCACAAGGUGUCACUGGUGGUAAUGGCGAGGCCGUCUGUGCCUAAAUGCUGGGUGGAGGGAGGGGAGCUGAUCGGAGAGGCUGUGUCUCUGCACUGCAAGUCUGCAAAAGGUUCCCCUCCCUUAAAAUACACAUGGAGGAGAGAAAGUGCAGGCCCCAUCCCUGCUGCAGCCACACAGAGUAAUGUGACUGGGGAGGUGAAAAUCAGCAACCACUCGAAGAGCCUUGCAGGAUUCUAUCUUUGUGAGGUGAACAACGCUGUUGGAGCCGAACACUGCAGGAUCAACCUGAAAGCAAACAAAC